ACAACCAAUCAUGAACCAGGACAAGGGGGAUCAAAGUUAAACCACAAAAUACGAACCUGCCACCUGUGGGUGAAAUAUCCUCCACCACACCCGCGUGACGGUUAAGUUAAGGAAGAAGAAGCAAUGGCGCUGUCUCAGUGCCUGGAAGACUCGCCGUUUAGGGGGCAGAAAGUGCAGCCGAACGUACAGGAAGUGUACAAUGAGAGACACCGGCUGGCCUUAGAGGAGUUACUGGCCGGCGGAGUCGACAACUUUCUGGACUUCCUCAGGAAAGAGAACAUUGCCAACUUCCUGUCGGACGAGGAGAUCCAGCGGAUCCGGAGCGCCGCCGUGGCCCCGCGCUGCGUGUCGUUCCUCGGCGAGGAUCUGCAGGCGCUGGAGCGGUCUCUCAGCAGCUCGAUGGACUGUUUGUCUGUCACUUAUUUCCCCGAGGUGUCGGAUGUGGAGCCGCCGCCACUAGAGAUCGGCUGGCCCGCCUUCACUGCUGGCUCUUACCGGGGAGUCACCAGGGCCGUGGCACACUUCCAGCCCAGUUAUGGGGAGAGCAUUUACGCCUGUAAGGAAGCUGUGAGGAGAAUGAUCAACAAUGCCAGAGAGGUGAUUGCCAUAGUUACAGACUCCCUGACAGACCUGGAUAUCUUUAAGGAUCUUCAAGAGGCAUGUUCUGUCCGCAAAAUCCCCGUUUACAUUCUGCUGGAUCAUUCCAGCUGCCCCGCUUUCCUCAAGAUGUGCAGAAACAUUGGCGUGUGCUUGGAUGACCUGCAGCAAAUGAGAGUGCGAACCAUAACUGGUACGACUUAUUACACAAGAUCGGGAGCGAGGAUUACUGGGAGCGUUCACGAGCGCUUCAUGCUCGUUGAUGGCAUCCGAGCAGCAACAGGUUCAUACAGGUUUAACUGGACCGAUGGCAAAUUAAACAGCAGCAACCUGAUAGAGCUUUCUGGUCAGAUAACAGAGAAAUUUGACGAAGAGUUCCGCAUUCUUUAUGCGCAGUCUCUACCCAUAAACACCCGGGGACCUCAAAGUGUCCGAAACAGUGGGAUCUUCGAGCACAAACAUGCGCUCACUUCCUCACCGUUCCCAAGGAGGGAGAGACCAGUGGAGAUGUUGUGUGUGACCAGCACACCGGGCCGUAAGCCACCCUGUGAGGCUUUGGCUCCAGAAGUGGCUCAAAAAGGCAGCGCCGCAUCGGACACGUCUACUCUGGGUGAUGACUGGUUGGAGCAGGAGCACGUGCAAGAAGAUGUGUUUGCCGGUGCUUUGUGUCCCCCAACAGAGCGGCUUAUGGAAAAAGAGCUAAGCACCCCGAACGUAGUGUCCUGCCACGUGGCCACUCAGACGAGCAUGCCGGUGGCAGACGGCGACACGCAGACCGACCUCGUACUGAACCCUGACCUCACCCUGUCCGUCAGCACCCGCAGCCAGAAGCGGGCAACCUCUCCCAGCCAGACAGCUCCAGCUGGCACCCUGAAGGACUGUCUUCAUAAUCUAACAAAAGAGCGCCAGCACCACUACUCGACUAUCCGCUCCAAGCUGGAGCACAUGAUGGCUAGCCUAUCCCAACGGCGAGAGCUAGCAGACAUCAGCGCAAUGACUCAUGGUCGACACAAAGAUAUCCUGUGGGCAGACCCAAGACUGGUUGCUUAAGAAGCCAUGGUGACAUGGCCAGAAGCCAGAUGUGUUCUCUAGUUCUCUUGUUUUUUCAUGACAGGGUAAUGCUUGGGAUGUGCCGAUCAGGGUUUUUUUUGCUGCCAAUUCUUUGGGUAACGAAUCGAUUCAAAAUUGAUUCUCGAUUCAAAAUCAAGAUUUUUUUUUUUAAAUAUUGGGUGCCAGUUUUGGGAUUGACUACAUUCCUCCAUAAAAUAGAUAAACAGCUCUGAUAAAUUACCUGAAAGAAAACUGGUUUUGUUUGAUAAAAUCGUACCCAAAUGUUUAAUAAAGUGGCUGCACAAACAGAUUGAAAAUAAAAAAUGUAUCUUUAUUUUUUUUUUAACUGAUUAAGAAUCGCUACAAAUAAAAAUCGCAUUCAUUCGAAAAAUCUUUUUUUUUGACACCCCAAAUUGAGGUGUCAAAAAUAGUGAGUGCUAUUUUUAUUUAUUUAUUUAUUUCGGCAAUCUUCACAUAAAACAAAGAACAACAACAAAAAAAGAAAAAGAAAAAAACACUCAUUUGAGCAAUGAUUGACAGUUUAACAACAUAAACACAGUAUUUAAACUAUAGUUCCUCCUCAUAUAUUUUUUACAUAAAAUUGUUUGUGUAAAACAAAGUCAUUGGUACAAAAUAACUAAACAAAGGCAACUGUGUACCAGAACUUUGGGCAGUUCACAAUUGGAUCUGAUUUCAAUUCUUGGGUUGACAAUUCGAUUCAGAGUUAAUUGUCCAAUUCACACGAUUCCCGAUUCAAACCGAUUCUCGCAAUGUAUUAUUUGGCAUAGUAAUUAUAAUAAAACCUUUUCAAAACAAUUACAGGUUACAAAACCUCUUUUUGUUUGCGGACAUAUGACGAACACACACAGCAAGUGAAGAAAAUAAAUGGAUUAAAAAAAAAUUAUGAAUUCAUUUAGAAUCGGAAUUUUAAAAAAUUGUUAUUCGUGAUUUUUUUUUUUUUUUACUUUAAAUAUUUUGGGUUUUGACCUUAAAGUCCUCCUGUGUCUAGAUAAUUAUUCAUGAACAAAAACAACAAAUAUUUGGACCCAAAAAAAAUAUUGACCCAAUCACCCUAGUAUAGAUCAUGUACUGAUACUACCCUUGGUAUCGACACCACCAAUUUAUGUCAAUCCGGCCUUGUCAGCCGGGCGACUAAAUAUGAAUAGCAAGAGAGGAUCUGCAUUAAUCGGCAAUGGCGAUUACGUGCAUUUUUAUGAAAAUCGGCUGGUACUGAUCGGUCAUGGCCUGUCCAUCUGCACGUCCCUAAUACUGUUCCUUUUUUUUUUCUUUGCAAUUCUAGAGGAAAACUGCUUGGUGCAAUACUACUGUCACUUUAAUCAGUAACCUUUGGAGAAACGUAGAAGUGCCUUUUUGUGCUGUUUCAAUCAUACGUGGUUGUGGUAAAAAGCGUCUAAAUAUACUUUGUCAUUUGUGCCUUGCUAUUAAUAAAGUGGCCUUUUUUUGCAUGUU